AUGGCAGCCAGUGUAUUAAUAUUCAGCAUUUUCAUGCUGGCGCUUCCUGUGGUCGCAAGUGAGGCUUCGACCGCAGACCAUCUUGGGUGGCAGGGCAGCCCCAAUCGUCGAGGCACCUGGGAUAUUAUCCUCAGUUGUGGAACAACAAUUUUCGCAUGCACGUGGAGUGUCCAGCAUUUGAAUGUACCAGCAGCACAUGAUGGCACCUUCAAAAAGUUUCUACGAAGUUGCCAGUGGAUGAUCAUCACCGUUUUGUUUCCCGAAUUUAUCAUGGCACAUGCUUUCUUCGAGCUUUUGAUGGCAAUUGAGGCCACAAAAUUGAUCGAAGGGACUAGAAAAAUGGCAGUGACAUAUCCUUUGUUGAUCAGGAAGCUUUUUGUUCGAGGUCAUACACAAAACAACGACUCAGAACAGGGCAAGGAUUAUAAAGGGCCAGAGUGGACGCUCACACAUUCAUAUUUCGCCAACAUGGGAGGACUUUCCUUCGAGCAUACAGACGAUACAGACGAGCAGGAAUACACACAAUUCCCUCUGACUGCAUUUCAAUAUGCCGCGCAGCUUGAUCUUUAUGCUAGCCCGGAGAUUUAUGAAGAUGACAUCAAAGACAAGGGCAAACAGGAUUACUUCGCCAAGGUAAUUGCUAUACUGCAAAUAUGCUGGUUGAUUUUCUCCCUUAUCACUCGAAAGAUCCGGGACCUACCCUUCUCUCAAUUUGAAACGCUCACCUUGGGUCUCGCGGUCUGCGGUAUUGCCGUUUAUAUCACCUACUGGUAUAAGCCUCAAGGCAUUGGUAUAGCAAUAAAGAUUGCGAAACGAGAAGUCUGCGUGGUACCCCAAUUUUCCAGAACAUACGACAGCUUUUGGGAUGUCCUUUCAAACUCAAGAAAAGAAACGAGUUCCCAGCCGGUCCACCGCAUCAAGAAUGACAACAUCCCUCUGGCCAAAUCAGAUAAAUGGCAUACAACAAUCAUUGUUUUGGCUGUUUUAUCUGCGGUGUUUGGCUGCAUUCAUAUAAUUGCAUGGAAUUUCGAGUUCCCCUCUGACGUGGAGAAGCUCCUUUGGAGAAUCGCAACCGUUAUGUCGAUUGUAGUCCCUGGACUUGGUUUGAUCACUAUUUUGCUAGCACAAUUUACUGCUCGGGAUGGUAACCCGCAGGAAUUCAUGCGCAAUUGUCUCGAUGUUCUGAGGGAGUUUUCAUGGUUAUAUCAUGAUAUCGAUUCCACCACGAAGGCAAUGAGUGCCUUGCAAAAUAUUUACAACAAUCCAAGCUCUGACGGCGACGACGCACAGCAUUUAUAUAAAGAUAUUCUUACCACCGAGACUGAAUAUCCACUUGGGCCAGAGAUGCUCAAGUUCAUUAAAAAAGAACCACCUUUUGAGAAAAGCAAUUCAAUCCAGCUGCCGGAGAAAUUUCUAUCUCAAUUCAGCUUCCUGGUCGAAUUGAUGAAUGAAGAAGGACCAAAAAGUUUGAUCGAUAGCGCAAAAACUAAUUUGUUUCCCCGUCGAACUUUGAUUCCAAGAUGGGUGAACUUGUCCAUUCUGUAUGCCACCAACUUGAUCUACAUUGUGUCCCGACUUAUGAUCAUGGCAUUGGCUCUCGCGAGCCUUCGAUCUAUGCCACAAGGGGUGUAUAUCACGACAUGGACAAAGAAUCUUCCAGCUAUACAAUAG